AUGGACUAUGGAGAUGGGACGCAGGGCAUGGACAGAAAUGCUACAGGGAUGUUCACAAAAGAGUACCACAUUCCUGGCCAACAUGUUGCCGAGGUCACAGCAUCAGAUGAUAGCGGUUCUGUUAAGAAAACUGACGUAGCAGGAGUUAAUGUGCAGGCUCCAGUAAAGAACGUCUCCGUUGUCUGCCCCGACUUCAGCAGCUACGACGAGAAGACGUGUACGGUGACCAUCACCCAUGGAACCAAUCUCCGUCUCUAUGACAAAGUCGACAACAAAGACAGAACAAUGAAAAUAGCCGAUCCUGUAAUCGGCGUCGCUGGCUGUUGUGUUCCAUACACUGCCAAAGCAGAACCAGAGAGUUUGUCAGAUGGUGAUGCCAUCUUCAUCAUGCCAGCUGCAGAGUUUAGAUUUCAUGGAGUAGUUACACACUGGGAGCUGUGGGCGGACAAAGAAGGCAAAGUUACAGUCAUGGUUCUGAAGCCUGAUUGUGAUGACUACUGCUAUGAGACAAACACAUGCGGAGGGUCAUGCAACGGAACUACAUGUUCCUCAGGAAAAACCUACUGUCAUCAGUCUGGAACCUGUUCUAAAGAGUGUAAAGAAACACAGCGGUACCCAUCAGACACCCCCUUAGUUGACUAUAUAGAACGUCAGUCCACAGAGCUGACCGUUUCCAAGGGCCAUCAAGUUGUGGAAUGUCCAUACAUGAAUGUAUUUCCUGGUGACAUCAUCGCCUAUAAAAAAUCAACGGGGUCUGCCACCAUCACAGUGUCAAAGAAAGAGACAACAGGAGAUCGCAAAUAUGGAGGUGCAGCUGAAAAGUUUUCCAAGAACUCAGGAAAUCCUGUGUCCAAGACACGUCACCAUCUGAGAGCCAUCUACUCCAGUCAAACGAAGGUUUCUCUGGACUAUUUAUUCGAAGAAGCUAAGAAAUACACCCUGCGUGUAAACGUUAGUAAUGUUGACAUUGAAGGCUCUGAAACUGCUACGACUGAGAUUGAUGUUCGUGAGGGUAUCAAUGCUACAAUCCUUGUUGGACCAAAAUAUCUUCUCGUAAACACAGAGGGAAUCUUCACCAUCCUCCCUCAUACAGGUUCUUCCGUGAAACGAGACUGGGAUUUCGGAGACAAGAACGUAUUCAACGCCACUGACACUGACCAGUACAAGCACACGUACACGUCCAAGGGAGUCUACAACAUAAGGGUUAGAUGCUGGAAUUCGGAGAAUACCAAAGAGAACGCGUCCAUGGUGACUGUGGAAGAGGCAAUAGUUGACAUGAGUGUUAAAUACUCUCCAUGUACUACUUUGUCUAACUGCAGCUUUGAGGUGACAGUAACUGGAGGUUCAAACUUUGAAAUUACAUGGGACUUUGGUGACUUAACAAGCAACGUUACCACAGAAGCAGAAUACUUAGAAAGCCAUGUGGUGAACCACGUGUAUACCACGGGUGGAAACCUCUCUGUCAAUGCCAACUGCUCCAAUCACGUCAGUUCCAAGUCUUUCACAUUCUUCCUACCUGUGCAAGAGGUGUGCAAUGGGUUGUCUCUGAUUAGAACCGGUGCAGAAAAGAACGUACCUUUCCGAAUUGAAUGGACACUUGCUCAUGGAUCCAAUUGCAAAUUUGAACUGAAAUUCCGCGGGCAAGUGGUUGCAAUAGAGAAAGCUAACACGACUACCAGGAGAUGGGAAUCUGCAAUGCAGAAUGGCCUGCCAGCAAACAUAUAUCCACUGAUCCUCAAAGUAAGCAAUGCAAUUGGUCACGAUGAAAAGCAUGUCAAUUUUACUGUUGAAACCGCUAUGAAAGGAAUGAAAUCCAACUGUAGCACUUCUUUAAUCAGCACUGGCGAAGAAGCAUCAUGUUCUGUGACCAUUGCAGAGGGAUCAAAUGUGCAGUGUGUUUGGGACUUUGACGAUGGGACGGUCGAGCGUUUCAACCAAGGCCCACAAGAUUGGGCAUUACGAGCCAGCACCCCAGAGAUCCGUAAACACGUAUUCACAAAGAGCAAGAACCACAAUGUCUCGAUCACCUGUUCAAACAACGACAGAAGCGAACCUACCUACCAUUCAAUUCUCGUAAAGCAGGGUGUCAAUGCAGUUGAACUAAAGCAUGACAACGCUGUUCCCUUCAAUAGGCCUGGAAUAGGAACAUUUUCCUUUGAGGCACCCAGUGGCGAUCCUGAUGAUGCAAAGGUUCAAUUUUCCUUUGGUGACAAUCAGUUUGACUCAAAAGAACUCAAAAUGAACUUUAAUUACACCCACCGUUACCGCGAUGCGGGAUGUUACAAACUUUAUGUUAGAAUCUGGAAUACUGUCGGGGAAAAGAUAUUCAAUAACACCCAGAUCUGUGUCGUUGAGAAGAUCCAAGGCCUCAAGGUCAUCACGGAACCUGUUGCUGCUAUCGUCAACCAGCCAGUUGAAGCUAAGGUGAUCAUGCAUCUUGGACCUGCUGGAGCCCUUACAAACAUAACCUGCGACUACGGAGAUGGGGAAGGGAAGAAAACCUUUCUAAGACAAGGCAAGCAGAUUGAUGGAGAGGAUGUCAGGUCCAUUACUUACAAGAAACUGGGACAAACGACCAUCACUUGUGACGUUGUAACCCCCCUGGAAACUCUCACGGCUAGCAAGACGGUCAAGGUGGACCAGGAAGUAACCUCUGAUAACUGUCACAUCACCACCAAUUACCCUGUAGAACACGGAAAGAAGAUCGUCUACUCAGUGGUGUGCGACAAGGACCCGAUGCCAACUAACGCCCACAUCACGAUUGACCGCGGUGAUGGUACCUCAGAGAAGGUGUUGUUCACUGGAACAGCCGGUGUUCCACAGACAAUUUCUUACACUCCGCCGAAAGACGGACAUUUCAUCGCCAAGAUUUCAUUGGGCAACGGGGGAUCUUCAGUGAAUGUGUCUCUUCCGGCUGGCAGCUAUAAGCGCCUAGUGGGAAACCCUGAGUUCAAGUGCCAGUACAAAAAGGCGAUUCCCGUCAACAGUGGCUACAAAGACGGCAUUGAAGGCAUGAACCAGAACUUCCCCACAUCCUGCCCUCUCACAUGCAGUGUACAGAUGGAUGAAGGAACACCUGUAUACUACGAGAUGAUGGCCACUCACGAAACAGGAACACCUGUGGUAGUGUGUAAUCAGACAUCGACCCCCAUCAUCUGUUCGAUCAAAAAGUCGGGGCAUUAUACUGCAUCUCUUAAAGUGGGAAACCCUCUUGGGUCCGUCUCGGCAGAUCCAAAGGAUCUGCAAAUGAAGGAGCCUGUGCAAGGCAUCCACGUGGUCGAUCUUACACCCAAGGCCAAGGUUGAAGAAGAAAAAACUUUCAGGAUAUCCUUUGAUUCCAUGGGUGAUGAGAUCUGUAUGAACAUUGAUUUUGGGGAUGAUGAAGGAGAAACGUUCAACUAUGGUACAGAAGAAUGGUGCGAGAGGGAGUCUUCAUUCGACGAUGGAGAAUUUAUGGACGAGAUGAAAAACCCAAUGGAGGUGACCAGGACGUACUACGAAAACCAGAACUAUGAACUCAAAGCCACAGCGGUUAACCUGUUUUCGGAUGCAAGAGUUACAUUCAGUUUCUCGAUCAGCGAGUAUGACUGUGAUAAACCGGAAGUCGACAUUGAGGAUGCUGUCACCGUAUUUACUAGCCCCAUGACGUUUGAGAAAAGCAAAGGUAUAGUUUUAAGAGGUAAAGCCAAUAUCACUUGCGCGGCAAGUUUGCAGAACACAAAAUCCUGGAAAAUCGAAGUUAUUGAUCCAGACUGGGGAUCUGUACAGAAGACACUGGAUUUGCAAUCCGACAAGGCCGAGUUUGUUAUCAAAGCCAAAACUCUUCCAUAUGGCCUCUACAAAGCUACAUACAGCAUCCAGAUGGACCUACCCGAUGAUACUAAUUUUGUGGAAUCAGCAUUUUCCUAUUUCAAAGUGACAAAGUCAGAGAUAGUCGUAGUCAUGGAAUCGGGUGGAAUAAGCGAAAUCGAUCGAGGUGAAAACCGCAUGGUGACCUUAAGCCCAGAAAAAUAUUCCUUUGAUCCAGAUGUCGACAGGUCUGCAGACCAGGGCUUCGACAGCUACACAUGGAAGUGCAAGUUGAUGAAGAAAGUGUCAUCCGCAUCGACCUGCGAGUCCUUGUCCAAGAUGACCACUGGCUCCAUCACUUUCAACAGCAGCAUCUUCGAGACAGGAGAACAAGUCCAGCUUUCAUGCAACGUCACAAAAGACUCUCGCUCUGCCGUCGGAAUGAUCCUGAUCAACUUUGUCGAGGGCAAACCCCCUAACCUGAUUAUUGAGCCAGUUGGAAGCAGUAGAACAGUUCAGCUUGCCGAGUCCAAGAUGGUGUCCUCUGAGGAGAGGUUGGCCCUGAGGGUUAGAUGUAAGGACUGUGAGAAGGUCAAGCUGUCCUGCGAGUGGACGGCUUAUUCGUAUGCUGUUGGGUGGCCCUGGAGAGAUUACUCCGCAAACGAAGUGGCUGGUAGAAUUACUGGUAUGAAAACCGAGACCAUUGCAAUCCAACCAUCCCUGUACAAACUCCACCCUGAUGUGAAGAAGUACCGUUUCUCCUGCAAGUGCCGACAGGGUGAUGGCGACUAUGGAAAGGCUUCCCUCAACAUAGACCUGAACCCUCCUCCCCAGCCCGGCAGCUGUGUGUUAUCCCCAAGGAACGGCACCAUCGGCCUCGACAACAACAGCCCCUUCAACGUCAAAUGUAGUGGAUGGAAGGAUGAGACAGAGAUUGUGGAAUAUAAGUUUUUCUGUACACACAAGAACAGUAAGCUGCACCACCAAAUUACCACCUUCGAAGAGGCAGAGGACGUGACCAUUGACCCCCUCUGGCGCUGA